CGAGAGAAACUGUUGCUGAAGGAAAUGGACUGUAAAAAGUGUCUGUGUCUGUGCCGUCGCCACAAUUCUCCUGAGCGAAGAGGACCACGUCGCAUAGUAAUGAUUGGAAAAACCGGAGUGGGAAAAAGUGCUGUGGGGAACACCAUCCUUGGUAGAAAGGUUUUUGAGUCAAGCCCUUCUGCAAACUCUGUCACGACCUUGUGCCAAAAAGCAAUGGUCUAUGACCCUAGAGAAAUUUCUGUGAUUGACACACCUGGAAUCUUGGAUACCAGCCAACCGAAAGACCUCAUCAAAAGAGAAAUAGUAAGAUGUAUUCAGAUUUCAGCACCAGGUCCUCAUGUGUUUCUGCUGGUGAUACAAAUUGGCCGUUUCACUGCUGAGGAGCAAAAAUCUGUCCAAGCCCUGCAAGAGCUCUUCGGAGAAGAAGCUUCAAAAUACAUGGUAGUGGUCUUCACUCAUGGAGAUUCACUCAAUGGUCAAACUAUAGACGACUAUGUAACAAAAGGCCAUCCAGAACUCCGUAAAGUGAUCCAGAGGUGUGGUAGUAGAUAUACUGUGUUUGAUAACACUAACACAAUGAAGCGAAAGCAAGUGAAUAACUUAAUGCAGAAAAUUGAUGAAAUGGUGUCAGCAAAUGGGGGAGAAUACUUCACUCAGGAGAUGUUUCAAGAAGCGGAAGAAAAAAUUCAACAACAGAACAUGGAGAGAGCGGCCGCAGAGCUUCUGGAAUAUCAGUUUAGCUUUCUUGGGGCUCUUGACCACAGAGUCGUUUUGUUCCAGCAAAUAUUGAUAGAAGGCUUUCACGAACAGUUUGCUAUUGAUAGUGGCUCUUGCAGUUACUAAAGAGACUCAAUCAGACACAUCUUGUGUUUAUGUUCAGCGGUAGUUUUAUGACACCUUACUCAUUUGAUUUUAUACAGUGUAUACAUGUCAUUCAAUAGAGAGGUGGCCAAAAAUGGUAGUUUUCUUGAGAUCCUUGAUGAGAGAAUUAGUUUUUAACCUGAUCCUAUUCUUUUAUCAAAUGUUGUUAAGACCUCCACGGUGACAUUUAUUGUGCAUUUUCAUUUUAACAUUGAUUUUAUUUAAAAAAAAUCUCCUGUUGUG